AUCAACCGCCCGAAAAUAUCACCACACAUCAUCCCGAAGCGCACACCUACUCCCGCCCGGAAAAAUAACACCCCCAUACGCCGAGGGUUUCAACGCACACACGAAAUCCCAUGGCCUCGAACAAAGCAGCCAAACGGCCACCAAAAACCGUCUCCGGCUUCGCAAUCCUCCCGCUCACCCUCCCCUCCCUCCCCAGCCUCCCAUCCCAAUGCAACGAUGCGAAACACUACCUCUACAUAAAACCGCACGAGCCCUCUCAUCCGGACCCAGACGCGGACCGCAGCCUCUUCAUCUCCAACGUCCCCUUCGACGCCAACGAAGCGAAUCUGCGGACGCUGUUUGCGGAGCAGUUCGGCGGGCUGAGGGUCGAGAGGGUGGAAUUCGAUGGCUCCGUGCCGGCGGCGCCGAGUUGGAAGCGGUAUAAACAUGCGCCUGUGGUUUCAAUGGCAGCAGGGUCUUCAGGCAGGGGGAGGAAGAGGAAGAGGGAUGAGGAGGUUGUUGCGGAGGGGGUGGUAGAAGAUGAGGAGAGCGCGUUACCACGGGUGUGGAAGGGGGAGUUGAGGCCGAGUGGAGCGUGUGCCGUCGUGGUGUUUGUCGAUAAGGCGAGCGCGAGGGGGGCGUGGAAGGAGGUUCGCGCGGCUGUGAAGGAGGGGAGGGAAAUCAGAUGGGUGGGUGGGGAGGUGGUGUUGGGUGUGCAACGCUACAAACAACACCACGCGCUAACCUUCCCCGCCAAACCCCUCUUGCAAUCCAGCAUAAACGCCUACCUCUCCCAAUUCACCGCCGCCGAAACUGCACGCAACCGCCUGCGCCUCAAAGCGCGCUCCGUCCCCGACGAAGACGGCUUCAUCACCGUUACAAGAGGCGGUCGCGCGGGCCCCGCACGGCUCGAGGACGCGGAGAGGAAGCAGAAGGAGCUGGAGGAGAGGAGGAAGAAGAACGGGGUGAAAGAUGACUUUUAUCGGUUUCAGACGAGGGAGAAGAGGAAGGAGAGGGAGGUGGAGUUGCGGAAGGCGUUUGAGAAGGAUAGGGAGAGGGUCGAGGAGAUGAGGAGGAGGAGGGGGAAGGUUAGGGUUAUGGAGUAGGCUGGGGAGAUGCAACAGGGAGGAUACCCUUCUGAAAAGAGUUUCUUUUGCCUUUUGGGCUGUGGAAAUGGUAUGCACUUGAGCACCAGCGAUAUGUCAUGACAUGUGGUCUUCUUGUAACUGGCUCUAUUAUCUAUGCACAGGCUCCAGGGACUGCCAAAGCGUCGUUCCGCUUUGACAACAUCUCGCAACUUGAUCCCCUUCCAAGGGCGACCGGAGCGUCUCACGGGCUCUUACAACUAGGUAGGCCCUUUUCAUGUACGAUGAAUUGCGAGUUUCAC